AUGUCGGACGAAGAAAACGAAGACGAAGCGGAGGAUGAUUUGAGGAUUCCAGUUCACCAAUACCUUAAUAAAGGUACCUUACCAGCAGAUGUCAAGGAAGCUCGGAAACUUGAAUCAAAAGCAGCAAUAUACAGCCUGCGUGAUGGAAUACUGUACAGAAGAUCAUUUCUUGGACCUAUGAUGCGAUGCCUCUCACGAACCAAAGGCAGAAGAAUACUCCAUGAUAUACACAGCGGAGAUGCCGGCAAUCAUAGCGGAAGGAGGUCCUUGGCAAUCAAAGCCAAAAUGCAAGGAUACUACUGGCUAAGCAUGGACAAAGAUUCAAAGAACGUGGAUAAGCGCUGUGAGAGAUUCCAACGCUUUUCCAGGAAGAUUAAAUCACCAGCAACGGAGCUUAACUCAGUCAUCAGCCCUUGUCCAUUUGUCAAGUGGGGGGUUGAUAUUGUUGGACCCUUGAUAGAGGGAACCUCUAAGAGAAAAUACCUUAUCGUGGCUACGGUUACUUCACCAAGUGGAUGGAAGCAAAGGCUUUGGCGAGAAUAA